CAUUCUAAGGAGCCAGAGGGCUCACAGCAGCUAAUCUCUGUCAUGCUUUCCAGGCCCCACCCCCUUCCCUCUCAUCAUAACUUGUGAUCUUAGAGGCAUGAAAGAAUUUAAGCCCCUCCCCAAGCCUGAACAUCUCAGUUGGCGGCUCAGCCAGGCUUGGAGCACGGACCCGAGGCCAUGCAGAGGUGAGGGGCUUGCAGGAGGUUUCUCACCCCGUGGCCAUGGGUGGCAACAGUGAGCAGCCUUGCAUUCACCCCUACAAGUCCCUAGCUGAGGAUGGCCACUGUGGCUCUGUGGAGCCACCCAAAAGAGACACGAGCAGGCUCAUCAUGCACAGCUUGGCCAUGCUCGGCCGGGAGUUCUGCUAUGCAGUGGAGGCGGCCUACGUGACCCCAGUUCUGCUCAGCGUGGGCCUGCCCAGGAGUCUGUACAGCAUGGUGUGGCUCCUCAGCCCCGUCCUGGGAUUCCUGCUGCAACCUGUGGUGGGAUCAGCCAGCGACCACUGCCAGGCCAGGUGGGGUCGACGGAGACCCUACAUCCUCACCCUGAGCAUCAUGAUGCUCCUGGGAAUGGCUCUGUACCUCAACGGGGAAGCUGUUACAUCAGCUUUGAUUGCUGACCCAAGGAAGAAGCUGGUGUGGACUAUAGCCAUAACCAUGGCAGGUGUGGUUCUUUUUGAUUUUGCAGCUGACUUCAUUGAUGGGCCCAUCAAGGCCUAUUUAUUUGAUGUCUGCUCCCAUCUGGACAAGGAGAGAGGUCUCCGUUACCAUGCCCUCUUCACAGGCUUUGGAGGUACCCUGGGCUACAUUUUAGGUGCCAUCGACUGGGCCCAUCUGAAACUGGGAAGAGUGCUGGGCACAGAAUUCCAGGUCAUGUUCUUCUUUUCCGCCUUGGUGCUCACUUUAUGUUUUAUGAUUCACCUGUGCAGUAUCCCUGAAGCCCCACUUAGAGAUGUUGCUAAGGACGUUCCCCCACAGCAAGCCCUCCAGGACGCUCUAUUGUCACCAGACAGAAUGUAUGAGUAUGGAUCUAUCAGAAAAGUUAAAAAUGGCUAUGUAAACCCAGAGCUGGAGCUGCAGGGAGAAAAAAUAAAAAGCGAACAGGCUCAAAGGACAGUGACCAUUAAGUCACUGUUGAGGGCGCUGGUGAGUAUGCCUCUUCACUACCGCUGGCUUUGUGUCAGCCACCUUAUUGGAUGGACUGCCUUCCUGUCCAACAUGCUCUUCUUCACAGAUUUCAUGGGCCAGAUUGUGUACCAUGGGGAUCCGUAUAGUGCACACAACUCCACAGAGUUUCUCAUCUAUGAAAGAGGGGUUGAGGUUGGAUGCUGGGGCUUAUGCAUCAACUCCGUGUUUUCCUCACUUUAUUCAUACUUCCAGAAAGCACUGGUAUCCUACAUUGGAUUAAAGAGUCUUUACUUCAUGGGGUAUUUGCUGUUUGCCUUGGGGACGGGGUUUAUCGGGCUCUUCCCAAAUGUCUACUUCACUCUGGUCCUGUGUGCCUUGUUUGGUGUGAUGUCCAGUACCCUGUACACUGUGCCCUUUAACCUCAUGGCCAAGUACCACCAGGAAGAGCAGGAGAAGAAGAAGAAGCAGACCAGGGGAGGGGGCCUGGAUAGCAGCUGGAGAGGGCAGGGCCUGGACUGUGCUGCCCUCACCUGCAUGGUCCAACUGGCCCAGAUCCUGGUCGGAGGUUGCCUGGGCUUGCUGGUCAACAUAGCGGGGAGCGUCAUCGUCGUGGUGAUCACAGCGUCUGUGACGGCCCUGAUCGGCUGCUGCUUUGUGGCUCUCUUUGUUAGAUAUGUGGAUUAGAUCAAUA